AUGUGGCUUUUAAAAUCAGUGGGACUCCUGGAAAAGGUGGUGCCCAAAUUCCAGAGUGUGGAGCUGCCAAUCCGCAGUGGUGGCGUCUGUGGCCUACGACCCUGCCACAAGGAGGUCAGAUCUGCUUUGUCCCAGCCCAGCACUGAAAUGGAGGAGCUGAAACCUCAGCUCCAGCGUCUGCUUGCUCACUUCGGUAUUGACUGCAACCUUAAGGAUCUGAAGAAUUCAGCUGAUGAGAUGGAGCUCUUUUUCCUGGUCCAUAGCGCUCAGUUUGUGCAGUUUGCAGGGGUCGAAAGUCAUUGCAGGCACAAUGACUUUUAUACCAGUGAAUGUGGAUAUAUUCACACACAGGACCCGUGAGGGGCUUAUAUAAUAUAUGAUAUGACUUUAAAGGACCCGGAAGAGCUUGGGCACCAGCUGCUCCUUGUGACCAGCCAGUAUAUUGAGAAAGAUAAAAGAAGUAAGUUAUCUACAGGUCCAAAACACUGUGGCCAUGUAACUUGCGGUCAGCUGAGAGGUAGCAACCUUCUUAGCUGGGCCCAUGUGUCUGUGGAUCAAUUUGCAGUGCUGCUUGACCUCUGGACUUGUGAAACUGUUCUCUUGGAGAAAAAAUGGCUCCUGCGCAGACUGCAGGCCUUUGCUUUCCUCUCUCUGAACCUAGUGAAGUGUCUGUAUUUUGCUGAGUAUGAUGAUAGUUUUCUCCUCAAAGAGUUCCAUCUGAAAGAUAUUUAUUUUGAAGGUUACCAACAUGCCUCAGAUCCUGAAGAAAGAUUUGCUUUAGCCCAAGCAAUAGUUGACAUCAUCCACAAACGUCCACAAUUUGAUUUUAAGCUUGGAUAUUUUGUAAACACCUGCAGAACUGCAGAAUGCACCUGCUUACAGCUUCACCUUAUACCUUCACAGCUGCUGAGGGACAUAGUAAACCAGCAAAUAGAUGUUCAGAGGGAAUAUAUCCGCAAGGUUUGGCGGGAAGGUCAGAAAGGUUGAAUCAGUGAAUUUGGACUUCCCUAUAAUGUGAUUACUAAGCAACUUAUCUCUCUUGAUAAUAACUGUUCUACUUCGAAGAACAUUUACUUGCUGGAGUUUCACCCUUCUCUUGAUCUCGUGUGUGUCAUCCCCAAAGCUCUUGAGCACAUCCACCAGGAAUUCUGCAACAUCCUUAGACCAAAAACAACCAGUGAAGCAACUAACCUACAAAAACAAGUGCUUGGGCUAGCAGUGGAUGAGUGGCUAGCUAUGGGAAAAACAGAAUAUUUUUACAGCUCUCAAAUUCAAAAAGAUCUAAGUUCUAUUUUCUGCUUAUGGGGCAUGCUAUUGUCCUUGCCCUGUAAAGAUGGGCAUUUAUUUGCAGAGGUGCUGAUAGAGGACCCUGAGCUGGUGAAAGAGUUUGCCCUGUCACUAUUGGAGCAGGGAGCAGAUGAAGAAAGAAAGGAAAUCAGAGAAAAAUGGUUCUUUGUCCUAGAUUCCUUUUCCAUGAUCCUGAAGCUUGUGACACUUUGCCAUCGGCUGACAGAGGUGGCGACGGAGAGCGCGCAGUGAGCCAGGUUAUAUAAGUAUUUUGCAAGGGAAAUGGGUUUUGGUGAGUUCCUAUUGUAUUUGAGGCCAGCACGCUUUGAAUAUGCAGUUUACAAGGAGAAAGCAGAACACAUCCCACCAAUGUUCAUUACAUCUGUCUUGGAAGAUGACAACUGUGUUGACAGAUAUAUUCCAUCUAGCUUACAACUAAGCAUCCAAGAAAUUGGCAGUCAUAUCGGAAAGUUUACCUUCCAUACACGAGAUGGUAUUAUGCAGCUCUUGUCCCCAUCUGUAAUAAACAACAUGCAACUCACCCUUACCUGCCAGGUCCUUCAGAAAAAUGCACUUCUGGCAGUUGUUCAGCCAGUUCCUUUUGUUCCUUGGUCCAGCCUACCCAUGCCCUAG